AUGGCAGAAGGGAAGCAGGAUGCAACCCCGGUGGAAGAUACAUUGCUGCCUGGGUCUGCGGCCACUGGCCCCACAGGACCUGCCCAGACAGUCGUGGCAGGGGAGGAGCAGCCGGUAGUAAGGCCCAAAACCAUCCAGGGGUCCGGCCCUGCGGUGGUGACCACAGAGGCUGGGGCUGUCAAGCCAAGGGAGGAGUGGUGGCAGAGCCCGGCCUUGACAUCGUUGGAGGCUGGGCGAUCCCGCAACCUGCCGGGUAGGCCAUCCCUACCUGGUUGGAGGGAGAGGCGGUUAACGGGCGAGGAUGAGGAUGAAUGGAGCUACUCCACCGCUCCUGGUGAGUACACAUUGGAUGUCCUACGUGAACGGUUCGGUGAGGGCAGCUGCCAGGGCCGUUCCUCACGUCAACGAUCAGAGGGCACUUCUGGACGGGCGGACACCUCGCAAUUCCGGCUGAGCAGUCUGCGUUUUCGACUACCCCAGCAGGGGGAUGCCUUGGCGGCGGGGCCUGCAAUUUCCGGGAUGGAUUCCACAGGCCCUGUGGGUCCGGCAUCGUGGCCUACUGGCAUGGGCCCCGUCGGCUUGGCACAGCCUUCUGGCAGGAGGACACACAGUCCAGUUGCGGGGCUUGGUCCAGACACAUCGGCCAGAGGUGAUGGGGUAGUGCCGCCUGCGCAUUGGGGCCCGGGUCAACAAUGGGGCCCGCCAGCCCUCCCCAUUACUUUUGACGGGGAUCCGGACAGGUUGGCAAUGUUCAUAAGCCACGUGGUUAGCCACCUGGACCGCUAUGGCCAUUUAUACCCGUCCCAAUGGGCCAUGGUAGUGGGGGUUACAGCGGGGCUACAAGGAGAGGCGGUGGCCUGGGCCGCCGACCUAUAUAGCGAUCACGCUAGGGUACUCAGUAAUGUGGGUUCGUUCCUGGAGGCACUCCAUCAUCGCUUUGAGGACUCUUCCCGGGUUCAGCGGGCCAAGUCGGAGCUCCUGUCCCUGAGACAGGGUGGCAGACCGGUUGCGGAAUACGUCCGUGACUUCCGGCGACUAGCUGGCCGGCUCACAUUGUCCUGGCCGGAUAGGUCACUAAUCCAUCACUUCCGGGCCGGGCUGGAUCAGGAGCUGCGCCAGGCAUGUAUUUACAGGGGCAUUCCCAAUCGCCUCCGGGAAUGGUUCCGCGCAGCUGUGGACCUCGAUACCAAUCUCAGGGAGGCCCAGAGGACUCAGGACGGCCACCAGACACGGAUACCAGUGGGGAAACCGAGGGAGAGCGGACAGAGACCACCCACUAGUCCAGCUAGGUACCCCGGACCGGCCGGUCCGCCUAGUGGCACGGUGUUUCGAUGCUUCCGGUGUAAUCAGCUGGGACACCAGGCAGCCGAGUGCCCGGCUCCCACCCCACGAGUGUCCGGUACCCCGAGGGCCCCAGCACAAACGCCUCAGAAGGGUCCCGACGCGACAAAAGCUGCAGCCCAUCCGAAGACCCCGUCAACACCACUGGAUACCAUGGUGACGGCGCAGUAUCGGCCAGUCGACGAGGAAAGUGAUGACGACCCCAUCGACGAUCCGAUGGUAAGCGAACCUAUAGCCCCUUUCAUUCUACCUAUAGUCCUAACGAGUCCCCACUCCGGGGAACAGUGGGAAUGUAAGGCACUGAUAGACACAGGGUGCACCCGUUGCUUAAUUAGCCGGGAAUUAGCUCUGGAGCAUGGGAUCCAUCUACAUAGGUUGGCCCAGCCCGUACGGUUCGAACAAGUGGACGGCUCCUUGCUGGGUGGGGCUCCGGCGACCCAUAUUACCGAGGCCAUACGGUUGGAGCUGGGAGCCCAUUGGGAAACCAUCCAGUUCGUCGUGGCACCGGCCAUGAGUGAGGCUGUGAUCCUCGGUCUGGCAUGGCUAGAUAAGUGGGAGCCCACUAUCUGGUGGGAAGGGGGGUACCGUAGAGUACGCUUGGGAGUGGGACCUCAACCCCCCAGUCAGUGUCGGGUUCCAGGGGUGGACACACCGACCCCCGUGUGUGGAAUGAGUGGGGGAGGGGAGGACCUGUUUCCCCACGAAUAUCAGGACCUGGCUGCAGUGUUUAGUGAAACAGAGUGCAACCAACUACCCCCCCAUCGACCGACGGAUUGUGGCAUUGAAAUUGAACCUGGGGCUAAACUUCCAAAACCUCGGAUGUAUGCCAUGACACUCAAAGAAUUGGAAGAACUGCGACGGUUCAUUGAUGUGAACCUGGCACGCGGCUUCAUCCAACCAGCUCGGUCUCGAGUUGCGGCCCCUGUAUUGUUUCGAGAAAAGAAAGACGGAUCAUUACGUCUCUGUGUUGACUUCCGGGGAUUGAAUGCUGUGUGCGUGGAGCAUUUAUACCCACUUCCCCUUAUGAAGGACCUACUGGUCCAAUUAGGGAAAGGGAGGAUAUUUACCAAACUAGAUUUGCGGGAGACGUAUUACCGCAUACGAAUACGACGGGGGGACGAAUGGAAGAUGGCAUUUAAUUGUCCCCUGGGGAGUUUCCAGUACCGUGUUAUGCCCUUUGGGCUACAGGGGGCCCCCGCCGCCUUCAUGCAAUUAAUAAACCAAGUAUUGCACGAACACCUUUAUCGGGGCAUCCUCGUCUAUCUUGACGACAUCCUGAUUUAUACCACAACUAUGGAGGAGCAUGUUGCCUUGGUACGAAAGGGAUUAGAGAAACUAUUGGAGGCAAAAUUGUACGUCAAGCUAUCCAAAUGCGAGUUUCAUCGUACGCGGUUGGACUAUUUGGGCUAUCGCAUAUCAGUGGCGGGAGUGGAAAUGGAUCCACUUAAGGUUAAAGCAGUUCUCGAUUGGCAGGCCCCUACCACCCGAAGGCAGUUACAAAGUUUCCUCGGAUUCGCCAAUUUCUACCGGCAAUUUAUUCCGUCGUUUGCUGGCGUGGCUCACCCUUUAACAGAACUAUUAAAAACAAAACACCUGAAAGAGUUGCGGGAGGCUGUAGUGCAUGAUGAGUGGUUACAGAACCAUCCAGGCCUACUAACCCAAAGGGAUGGGCUAGCGUGGAAAGCCGACAAACUCUAUGUCCCUGAAAAAUUACGCUCAGUUGUCCUUAAGAGAUGCCACGACGCCAAGCAAGCAGGACAUUUCGGCUUCCGGAAAACCCUCCAUCACAUUCGACGGCAAUUUUGGUUGCCCCACCUAAAACCAGACGUGGAAACGUAUGUCAAAGCCUGUCACGUCUGUGCUACCGCGAAGCCUCGAGUGGGAAAGCCAAUGGGCCUACUACAGAAAGUAGCAGAUCCACGACAACCCUGGGAAGAGAUCGCAAUGGACUUUAUUGUAGAGUUACCCUCAAGCCGCAACUACCCAGUAAUAUGGACUGUAAUCGAUCUCUUCUCGAAACAGGCCCAUUUCAUCCCAUGUAAAGGGUUGCCGUCGGCGCAGCGGCUUGCCAGAAUGUUUGUACAGCAUGUUUACCGACUACACAGCGUGCCACAACGUAUCAUUUCGGACAGAGGAGUACAGUUUACAGCCCAAUUCUGGCGUACAUUCCUAACCUUAAUUGGAUCAUCCCAGGGUCUUAGUUCGGCCUACCACCCGUCUACCAACGGUGCCGCAGAAAGGGCGAAUGCUAUGGUUGAGCGGUACCUACGUAGUUACGUCACCUUCCAGCAAACUGACUGGGCAGAUUUACUGCCAUUCACUGAGGUGGCGUACAACAACACCAUACAUAGUAGUACCGGGUUCGCUCCAUUCCGGGUGGUGAACGGGGUGGAGUUUGUCCCCUUUCCGGAGUGGUCCGACGGGACGGGUAACGUAUACAUGCCCCAAGCAUGGAUGACGCGACUAACAGGACUUUGGGGAAUAAUAAAGGACGCUCUACAAAGAGCAGAGGCAACCACCAAACAUCAGGCCGAUAAAAAAAGAACUGAACACCCACCCUUUAAAGUGGGGGAUUGGGUCUACUUAUCGACAAAAUAUCUUAGGCUGCCGGUACCUAACAAGAAAUUAGGCCCAAAAUAUGUAGGUCCCUUUCAAGUGGUCAAAGUAAUUAACCCAGUCACAGUACGUCUGAGGCUACCCCCCCUUCUAGGAAAGGUGCACCCGGUGUUUCACAGCAGCUUGUUAAAGUUAGUACAAGGACCCGCUGUGGGUGCUAAGGGGCCUGGACCAGUCAUUGGGGAAGAGUAUGAGGUACAGGAGAUAAUCGACUCCCGAAUGAGACGUGGCCAAUUGCAGUACCUUGUCAAAUGGAAGGGAUAUCCCCUGUUGGAAGCAUCCUGGAUAUGUGACAAUGGACAAGGUGGUUUCCAUGGAGAUGGAUAUGUAAAUACAUACCUCUUUGGCAUGAAUUUGCGGUAUUCAGUGCAAGAAUGUCAAAGGCUUCAUGGCAGUUGGUGUAUUUUAGGUAUGAGCACAGAAUAUCAGGAAAUCUGA